AUGUACGGACUACUGCUGAGUUCGUUUGCGGAUGCGAUCAAGGAGACAUUUGGGGAAGAAGCGUGGAAGCAGAUCAGAGAGAAAGCAGGGGUACAGUAUGCCUCAUUCAUCACUCACCAGGUGUACUCGGAGACUUUGCAGCCUAGAUUGGUGAAUGCAUCGACCGGCAUUCUGAAACAAUCUGCGGACGACGUACUCAUGUACCAAGGCACCAAGUUCGUCGAGUUCUGCAUCAAAGUCGGCUACGACAAAUUCAUGCGACUACUGGGUCGAACCAUCUCGGAUUUUUUCAAUGGCCUCGACAAUCUGCACGAGUAUUUCCGACAGUACUACCCAGAGAUGAAGCGAGUCAGUUUCAUCGUGAGUGAAGAGAGCAGAAAUGGACUGAUUCUGCACUACCGUAGCAAGCGAAAAGGUUACAAAAUGUACGUGAAAGGUCAAAUUCUGGCAGUGGCCAAGAACCUGUUUAACUGUGAGGUCAAGAUAGAGGUCAAAGAGGAGAGACUGAUGGACGAGACGACAUUUGUCGCCUUCGAUGUCUUCUUUGACAAUGUCGACUACCAGAAGAGAACACGACCUUCGUCCAAAGUGAACAGGUUUGGACUACAGGUAAAGCAGGACUUUCUCUUCUCUCUCUUUCCCUUCAACAUUGUGUUCAAUCGAUCUAUGAUGAUCACCAAUGUAGGCAACAGUCUGUUCGAGAUCAUGCCAGACAUCCUGAACCAGCCGGUGGAUGACAUCUUCAAACUAGUCAAGCCCAUGGCCAGUCUCACCUGGGAAACGCUGGUGGCCUACGAAAACAAUUCGUUCGAAUUGGAGACGAUUGAUUGUCUGGUGCCUCGGAGACUAAGUGGGGAAACUUCCAGCAUAACCAGUGGGGGGCCUAUUCCGGACGAAGAUCCGAAUCAGAAGACGACAUUGGGCAAGCUGCUUCUCCGGGGACAGAUGCUACUUGUCGACGACUGGGACCAGUUCAUGUUCAUAUGCACACCUGUUCUGACUAAUGUGAAGCAGAUGAUGAAGUGUUGUCUGUACAUCAAUGACCUCUCCCUCCACGACUCCACCAGGGCAGCUGUGUUGGCGGGCAGUCAGCAGAACAACCAACUAGCCGCUGCAUUACAGAAGGCGAAGGAGCAAAGUGCCAGUCUUCAGGACACCGUUAAGAGGGUGGACUUGGAGAGGAAUCGAAUCGCCAAGUUUCUACAGGAGAUGAUGCCCAAGGAGGUGGCCGACAGGAUCAAGAAGGGCGAACCCACUUUGUCCAUGACGCAAAGCCACUCUGCAGUGAGUAUUCUGUUCACUCACAUAGUGAACUUCCCCGCCUACAUCAACGAGAGCAAGCCGAUGAAUGUGAUCGAACUGCUCAACUUGCUGUUCUCAGUCUACGACCAACUGGUCAAGACACACAACGCGUACAAGGUUGAGACCGUGGGGGACACGUACAUGGUGGCUUGUGGGGCCCCCACUAAGUUCGACAAACACGCAGAAGAGGCGGCUGACUUGGCCCUUCACAUGCUGCACGUGGCCACUUUCAUCAUACCACCAGGACACACAUCGCCCAUUGAGAUCGAAAUUGGCAUCCACUCUGGACCUUGUUCAACUGGGGUGGUGGGGUCGAGGUGUCCGAGAUACUGCUUCUUCGGAGACACCGUCAACACUGCAUCGCGCAUGUGCUCAUACGCAGGGGCCAGUAAGAUCCAGAUCUCGAGUCCUACUCAACAACUGCUGGAUCCAUGUGGAGAAUACAUCUUCGAGAGCAGAGGGAAACUGUCAAUCAAAGGAAAGGGAGACAUGAACACUUACUACCUUCUGGGAACCCGCAAGUGUCUGCAGUAUCUAGAACAGCUGAAGGUCAUUGUGAUCCAAUGCAUGGGCAAACAGCAGGAGAACCAGUUCCAGCAGAUCCUUGGCAAGAGGACUCUGGACUCCACGGAGUCAUUGCUACAAGAGCCGAACAAGACGUCCAUGAUGGCAAAGCGGGCGUCAGGGAUCAAUGCCCAAGCGAUUCUGAAAGAAGAGGGUAGGUCGAAUGAAGGAGUGAAGACCAAAGAGUCGGUUGGAUCGAUCCCCAAUUCAACCCCGGCUGACGACCCCCAUAACACUACUAAGCCUGGCACCCCACCAAUGACCAAAGAAGAGUCAAGUAUCCUAUCAAAGAACAAUGAAACCUCCAAACAGCCAAAUGAAGCGGACAAUGUCCCUGAAAAAUGUGCUCUCAAAGAAGAUAAAAUGACGGUUUCCGGUAAAAUGAUUAGGACUGAAACUGAAGUGCACGUAAAUCGAGAUAAUUCGAAAGACACAGUUGAUCCAAAGUCGAAAGAUGGUAUCAACGAAAUAAAAGCCAACGGUCAAUGCACUGGCCCUAAUCUUGAAGCGGAAGUCAAAAACGAAAAACACGCGUCGCCUCCA